CAAAGCCUCCUGGAGUCCUUUAAUAUUGACAGCAGAACAGUUUCUCUAACUCUUGCUUACUAAUCACUGCUUGCUUUGAAUUCCCCCAAAGCACAGAAGCUUUUAUCCACGCUGACUAAUUGACAGCGAGGAAUGUUUGCACACUGACAUCAUGCAAUAGUUAUUGAUCAUGAAAGCUGAUCUGAGGGGUAUGAUGUGUAAUGAUGCAGGCAGUUACAUAUACAAAUUUUUCAUGUUUGGUUUAGUUUUUGGCUGCCUGACAUGACUAUUCUGCAUGAGUUUGUUUGUUAAAUUUAUUGCAAAAUUUUUUAUUGAAAUUGAAGUGGCCUUUGGCACUUGUCAAUUCUUUACUCUGCAAAAGCCUUUUCUGUUGGAGAUUGAGUUUGUUGCAGUAAAACUAUGUUAGGUUCAAAACAAUAUAAAGGCCUUUAUUGUUGAAACCUUUGAGACAUGGUUAACAAAAGUUGUGUUGUGCCAGAAUGCUGAAUAAGCCUCAACUGUCAUCAAUCUUGCAAGAAUGAUCUGUUAAAAAGCAAAUAUGGCACACAAAUAGGAUUUUUCCUCAAUAAAACUAUCUUCUGUACAGGGUUUCUGAGGUGCAAGAUGUGUCGUCUCCUGAACGUCCUGCUGGCUUUGCUGAGUCGCUUCCUGUUUGCAGUCCACGGGGUGGUGACAGUGUGGCGUGUAGUGGCCGUUAAAGAGGAGCCACUCUAUUGGCUGCUGCUAACGGGCGUUGCUCUGCUGGGAGUGGAAAUGGCUGUCACUCUGAAGUGCACCCGAAACGCAGAGUGGAAAUGGUUCUCCCCCAUGGUUUUCCUCUACCUCAGUACUGUCAUCCCGUCCAUUUGGUUCCUGGAGCUGAGCCUGCUGCAGUCCAAGCUGCCUGUCAACAAUUCCUCAGGCCCUGAGCUUCAAUUGCUGGCUCGCAUCCCGAUCACAGCGGGCAUCGUGGAGCUUGACCCAGAGAACUGGGUGGCUGGCCUGGAGCAGACCAUGCUCAUAGUGCUGGUUCUGGGUCGCUGGCUGAUGCCCAAGGGGGACAUGUCUCGCGACCAGCUCUCCCAGCUCCUCAUGGUCUACGUGGGACUGGGCGCCGACAUCCUGGACAUCUUCGACACCUUUAAGGAACCCGAGGUCAAAACCAACCAAGCGGUUGUCAUCAUGGGCCUGGGCCUCUUCUCUUGGGCGCUAAUGCAGUUUCCUCUGGUGCUGACCCAGACACAACUCCCAAAGGGUGAGCCUCCACAGAGAAGUGUGGCUGGUCUCUCCUGCGGCCCCGAUGCUCCUUCAUCGUUUGCCUCCUGCUGCUCCAGUGAAGUGUGGAGCUUGCUGCUCACGGUGGGACUCCAAGAUGGUCCGUUUCUGCUUUACCGCCUCUACCUCAUGGUCCAAGAGCAGGUCCUCAACCAGCUGAUGAUCUUCUUCACCUGCAAGAACAUCCUUAUCGUCCUGUUGGAGCUUUACAGAAUCUUUGUGGUGCAGUGCGAGCAGCCGGUUGGGGAAUCGGGGUUGGAGAGGUGUGAUGCUUUGGUGCUCCAGUGUCGGACCCAGAGGGGUGGAAAAGAAGAGGAGGAGGAGGCAGGUGGAGAGGAGCAAAGCGGUCAUACAGAAACAGAGAGAGGCACUGAGAGGGAGAAAGAUCAAAGAAGUGUCCAGGUAUAAAAAAA